AUGGCACCCGGGUCCCCUAUAGCGAAUGCUGCAGACAGAUUGGUUUUUUGGAGUGAGGAAUCGCCAGCAUCGUCAGCUGUGGACGAUGGCGAGGUCGGGGCAAAACGCGAAUCCAUGUAUGUGAAUUUAUUCGAAGACAUGCUCAAGGAGGUCCUGGUGUCCGAGGCGCACCUCUUCUCCCAUGACGAGCUUGGCUGCAUCAAGCAAUACGACGGUUUGUCCUACAACGCGCGAUAUCUGCUCAUUCGACUCUGUCUCCGCAAGACCGACAAGUGGCACAGACUCAGCGCGCUCAACUACCGCGAGGAGCUUGGGGACGGCAUCCUUCCUGCUAUUCAGGAGCUCUGCCGCGAUCCUCGAGGCCAGGUGAAGGUGGAAGAACGGGAAUUCAUUGACCUCACGUUCGACGAGCAGGGCCAGAAGCCCGUCGCGGGUCCAUCAAGGCUGCCUGAGCCGCCUGCAGUCAAUGGCCCGCCAGAUUACUCGAUAUUUGCACAAGACGAGGCGCACGCUUCGUUACGCGAGCUGCUGGACUGCCUCUCGACCGACGAACUCAAGGCCAUCGCGAAGCAGAUGAAGGUCAAGCCCGCGACGAAGCGCGACCCGCUCAUAAACGCGGUCCUGUCUUCUUCUUCCACUCAAGCCACGCUGGACUUCCCCAUCAUUUCCUCCUCUAAAUCGAAGGGUAAGGCGAAGCAAAACGGCAAGCCCAUGAAGCAGACGCAACUGACGUUCACCUAUCGGACGGGCCGACCGAACACUCAGGCAGAUCGACUACGCGAGAUGGUCAUGAACAUGCUCGUGAAAUGCGUUCGCAUCAACGAAGAUGUAGUGAUUCUUUUCCGCCGAAUCAACUUAGUAUACUUCCGGAGCACCCAACACACGCCUACUCUCUUGACGCCCUCGAUCCUGUCCCGCGCACACAAACGCUCUUACGCACCAUAUCAACACAGACGCACGCCAAACGUUUGGCCAUCGCGCGAGGCACUACUGGCCUAUGAAGAUGCGCUCGCGCUUGAGGCGCAGGUGGACGCGCUCCUGGAGGGAUCCGCGGUUUCCGCUGCCCUGCGCGAACGCUCCGUUGCCAGUAAGGUGCCUACAGUGCAGGUUAAGCAGGAAAGGGGAGGAUUCGCGAUUGCCAACAUCAAGCAAGAGGGCAAUGUAGACGCCGAUAUGCUCGACGGAUACGCCCCAUCGGAGAGUCCGCGCGUGCAAAAUGCGCGGGCGGUCAAGGCGAUCUUCGAGGAGGUAUUUCCGCGAUGGCAGGCGAUGGUGAACGUUAAGGGUGAGGAGGACGGGCGGGAGAGGGGAUUGGAGCGUUUCGACUGCGGACAUAUCCUGACUCGCGUGGUGUGCAAGGGCUCGUAUGCGCUCGGGGUGCUUAAGGAGCACCAGCGUGAGCUCGACGUCCUCGAGGAGCUGCUUGCCCAGCGGCGGUGGCGUCGAGGGCGUCGGGGACGGUGGUACGACCGACGAGCGCUUAUUCUCAUGACCCACUGUCCACGGGAUGAAGGUACGCACGAGCGUGCCAUGCAAGCCGUCACGGAAGCACUGCUUGAUGAGGACACACACAUCGUCUUCCGUCCCAUGCUCGAGCGCCGGCUCACCAAGCUCGAGAACCGUCUCAAGAUCCCGCCAGAAGACCGACAUGUAUGCGAGGGUAAGCUAGAAAAAGCGGCCGAGGUGUACGUUGAGGGCGUGCGAGUACUUCAUCGAGGAACGAGCAUGGUGAUCGACCGGGCGGGCAGGCCUAAAGUACCCAACGAAAGCGGUGUCUUCACUCAGGCGGCGCUGUCUCGCUGGUCCCAGCUGGUCGGACCGUCUGUGCAGAAGCCUCAGGUCGAGGUUAGCGAGAAGGCUACUGGGAAGUCGGUAUGGAUCGGUCGGGAGAAUGAAGAGGUCACUGUCGAAAUGCUUGCUUUGCAACACUACGAGGCACUCGGCUACAAGGGGUUUCACUGCGAAGGACGCAUCGUCACGACACUUUUCGGUCUUUUGUUCUGGGACAUCAUCUUCGCCUCUGUUCCCGGCGCCUUCGAGACACCAUUCCAGUCUGCCCCACUCGACAUCGCGGAGGACACGUUCUACUUCUCCCGCAAGGAGCUCGCGGAUCUGAGGUUGGAUGAGCUCCGUGAGGGGAAGGCGCCAGAGAUACUGGAGCGAGUUUUCGCCGCGCACGGAGAGAAGGGGACGUGGUGUGUGGGCGUGCGUUGGGAUCUCUUCACGAGGGAAGACCUGCUGGCUAUAGCCACGUAUCUUGGCGGGGAGGGUCUCGCUAUCAUUUGCCGCCUCUUCUGUGAGGAUUACGCUGGGCGUGGCGCGGGCGUUCCUGACUUAAUUAUCUACAAUCCCGAGCUUAAGGUGUGCAAAUUCGCAGAGGUGAAAGGCCCGGGGGACAUUCUCCAGGAGAACCAGAAGGUCUGGAUCGAUGUCCUCCUCCAGGCCGGUAUUGUCGUAGAAGUGUGCCGCGUCGUCGAGCAGGGCACCCAGGUAGAGGCGAAGGCCAAAAAGGGCAAGAAGAACAAGAGGAAGGGCCCCGGGAGACCCAAGCGGAAGCGCGAGGAGAUAGACUCGGACGCUGAACGCCCUCUGGUCGAAUCUGAAGAUGAGCCUGAUUAUUCACGGAUGGAUGUCGGCGUGAACGACGGACUGCCUAUAACGCCGAAGAAACGGCCUGUCCGCAAGGUUGUUAACCGUGCAGAGGUAGUGAUCACCUCCUCUCCUCAUAGUUUUGCUUCGCCCGUGCCUACGAAGAAGAGGCGCUUGCAAGCCCUUCCUUCAUCGCCGUGA